GCGGUAUCGGUUUAAAGGACUGGGUCAAGAAUGACGCAGUUUUGCAGGAACACGUUAAGCAUUCACCUAAAUGUACUUAUUUAUUGGACAAGUUUGGAAAAUCUGAAGUGGAUCGUAUUCAGGCAAGCAUAUCAUCAGGCAAUUUAUCUAUUUCGUCUGGUUCUCAGCUUCCUUAUAAGAUACGAUCUCCUAGUAUCAAACGAUCGAGGCAAGACUUGCAAGUUUCAUGGCCUUUCCCGGCUACAUCGAAAUACCGCAUCAGCAGCUGGCUGUCGCUGGACUAUACUUUACAGGCCAAGGAGAUUUAUGCAGGUGUUUUACAUGUGACGGUGGACUCAAAGACUGGAGUACAGGAGAUGACCCCUGCAGAGAACAUGCAACAUAUUUUCGUAACUGCGACUAUAUUAAUCAACUGAAAGGACAAGACUAUGUUAAAGCUUUGCAACAGACGAGACAAAAUAACCAGCCAGCUGGCGCAGCUGGUGGAGCUUCUCAGUCUAUGUUAGAACCAGAAACAUCUUCAUUAUUGCCAAUGGACAGACUUCACAUUUCUAGCAGUGACGAUUCCAGAUCAACCGUCAGUCAGAUAACGGGGAUGGGAUAUUCAAAACGUGAUGUGGAAGCAGCGAAAGCCAAGUUGGAGAGAAAAGGUAGAUAUUCCAGUUGCAGAGAAAACGUACGACUAAAAUUAGACGAGAGCUUGCUUCUAACUCUUUUGAUAUGGUAAUAGUAUCCAGCAGAAAUCAUAUAUAGCUUAAAUCAUCGAAAGAUAUGUGUUUUAACUGACCGGUAUUUUCUACUUAAAUAUCCCAAAGUGAUAUAUAAAUCCAUCUUAAAGUAAAGAAUUAGCGCUCUUAUUUCAGGAAUCUAUAUUGGUCGUAAAUUCAUGAACACUAUAACGGGCAUGCCUGCACAUGAACAUCAAAUAUUCAUUUUUAAAGUAGAUAGCAAUUGAUAUCGAAAAUGAUAAACCACUGUCGUUAAAAGAUACUAAAUAUUACUACAAACUACC